AUGUGCCAAUACUACGCCCACGUCUUCACCUGCAAACACGUCUCCCUCACCUUUGCCCGCUUCUGUCCCUCCGCCAGCAUGAUCCAGACCCGGUGCGGCGAGCGACAGAUCUGGCAGACGAUCCGAAUGGCCGAGUCUUGUGAGGAGUGUAAAGAUGGUGGUGGUGGUGGUAGUGGUGGUGGUGGUGAUAAUGGUGGUUGGAUUGAAGACGGCAGUGGGAGGAGUGUCGGUCAUGCGGCUGACACGACGACGGGGUGUAGGAAAUGA